AUGAAGUUCCUGUCGCUGGCGGCUUUGUCCGCAUCUAUUGCUGCUUGCGUGUCUGCCAUAACCAUUGCAGAAAUCAACGGCAACCGCUUCAUUUCCCCAUACAAGGGUCAAACUGUCACAGGUGUUCAAGGCCUCGUUACCGCCAAAGGACCGAACGGCUUUUGGAUCCGCUCGACAACACCAGACACAGAUGAUGUAACUUCCGAGUCCAUCUACGUCUAUGGCCGUGCUGGACUGCCCAACGCAACCGUCGGCAAUGUUGUCUCGUUGAAUGGCCGUGUGACCGAAUACCGCUCGACUUCAACGUACUUAUACCUUACGGAGAUUGACACUCCAAAGAACAUUACUACCCUUUCCACUGGCAACACCGUUACGCCUCUUCAGCUUGGCCAACAAAGCUUGAUAUCCACAUUGCUUGGAAAGACCAGCUUGAACCCACCAACCCAGCAGUAUACCUCCCUUGACAACGGUGACGUCUUCGGGCUACCCGGUAACACCAGCUUGGUCUCGGUCGCCAAUCCGGUAUUGCAACCCAAGCAAUACGGGUUGGACUUCUGGGAGAGCAUCAAUGGCGAGCUGGUCACGAUUAAGAACCCCUCUGCCAUCAGCAGGCCAAACACGUAUGGCGAAACGUGGGUCAUUGGCGGCAAUUGGAUCGUUACAGGAAAGAACAGCCGUGGAUCGCUGACAGCUACACCGAGGGAUGGCAACCCCGAGGGUAUCAUUAUCGGCGAUCCACUUGAUGGCACCGACAAUCCGAAAGACGUAAAGCUCGGCGACCAGCUUGCCGACAUCACGGGCAUUGUGACUUACACCUAUGGUUUCUACUACGUCCUUCCAACCACGAAGAUCACCAUCACCACCCCCAAGCAACCGGAGUUCCCACCGCCCACACGUCUCACUUCCAGCGGUCGCUGCUCAGGCAUCACAAUUGGCCAGUACAACGUCGAAAACUUGAGCCCGCAAUCCGCACUCCUCGAUGACAUCGCCCAGCAGAUCGUGACAUACCUCAAGACUCCGGAUUUGCUCUUCGUCCAGGAAAUCCAAGACGACAAUGGUGCGACUAACAACGGCGUAGUGAAUGCCAAUGUCACUCUUUCUACCCUGACGGCCGCCAUCAAUGCUGCUGGCUCCAAGGUCAACUACAGCUACGUUGACAUUGAUCCUGUCAACAACCAAGACGGCGGCCAACCGGGCGGCAACAUUCGCGUUGCAUAUCUGUACAACCCUGCCGUCAUCCGUCCGCACAACCCCAACCCGGGCAGCAGUACCGAUGCGAACGAGGUCUUGCCUGGUCCCGAGCUCAAGUACAACCCGGGACGCAUCGAUCCUGCAAACCCUGCCUGGGUUGACAGCCGCAAGCCCCUUGCUGCAGCUUGGGAGACUCUUGAUGGCAAGAACAAGUUCUUCACCGUCAAUGUGCACUGGAUUGCCAAGCUUGGCGGCUCCUCGAUCCAGGGUGACGCGCGUCCACCAACCAACGGUGGCGUCGACGAGCGUCACCUCCAGGCUCAAGUCACUGGCAACUUCAUCGCUCAGAUCCUCGCCCAGGACAGGAACGCCGCCGUCAUCGCGGCCGGUGACUACAACGAGUUCAGCUGGGUUGAGCCAUUGCAGACCUUUGCGUCUGUUUCUGGACUCAAGGACCUAGAUGAUGCGACGCUUACUCCACCGUUGGAGCGAUAUACGUACACCUUUGGAGCGAACACGGAGCAGUUGGAUCAUAUGUACGUGAGCCCAAAGGUGGCUUUACUCUUGCCGCAGUUCGAGCAUGUGCAUGUCAGUUCGUGGGUUACUGAUGCGGAUGUCGUGUCCGACCAUGACCCUAGUGUCGCGAAGCUGAAUGUGUGUGCUGGUCUGUUGUAG